CUGAACUUCACACAUACCGCUCCUCCAAAACCCUAAUCUUUAUCGUCGAGUAGGGUUUUGCAGAGCCUCCAUUGUUUUAUUUUUCUUUUUUUCUCUCUUUUUCCGUUGCCAUUUGUUCUUAGAAGCUUUCCGGAGCUCAGCUAGUUUUCCGUCUCUUUCAAAUGGGCAAGUCGAGCAAGAAGUCUGCUACUAAAGUUGAUGUAGCUCCGGCUGCAGUCCCGCAAUCUAAGCCUGCGAAGAAAGGUAAGAGAGCGGCUGAAGAGGUUGUGGAGAAACAAGUGGUAGCUAAGAAGCUGAAAAGGGACGAGGGUGUUGAGCAGGCAGUUCAGAAACAGAAGAUCGAAGCAAAAACACAAAAGAAGGUGGAAACUAGUAGUUCUGAGGAUGAUUCAUCUUCCGAAGAAGAGACGGAACCUGCUCGUAAAGUUGUUCCCUCAAAGAAAGAGAUGCCAGCAAAAAAGGCUAAUGGCGUUGCUGCUCCUGCAAAGAAGAAGCCUGCUGAUAGCAGCAGCAGCUCAGAAGAUGAUUCCUCAGAUUCUGAUGAAGCGCCCCCUUCCAAGGGACCAAGUGCUCCAAAAAAAGGUGCUGUUGCUGUCCCUGCCAAGAAGAAGGCCUCCAGUAGUUCUGAGGAAGACUCUUCCGAUGAUGAUUCUGAUUCUGAUGAUGAACCAAAGGCAAAAGCUACUGGAGCAAAAAAGAACACCCCCGCCACUACUCCCAAAGGGAAAGUGGAGUCAAGUAGCUCGGACUCAGAUGACAGUUCAGAGGAGGAAGAUGACUCUGCCAAGCCUGCUCCAGUUGCCAAAAAAGGAUCCGAUAGCUCUUCAGAUGAGGACGAUAGCUCUUCAGAUGAAGAACCCGAAUCCAAGAAAGGCAAAGAUCUGAAGAAAGUGCCAACUUCUGCCAAAAACGGCUCUGCAGCUACUAAAAAAGAUGAAUCGAGUGAUGAGUCUGAUUCUGAUAGUUCUGAUGAAGAUGUUCCUGCAGCAAAAUCUUCUUCCCAGGCACCUAAGAAAGAUUCUAGCGACAGCUCAGAAGAUAGUGAUUCAGACGAGGAUAUGACUCCAAAGAAAGCUGCGGCUCCUUCUGAGAAAGCACCAGAAAAGAUGGAUGUGGACAGUGAUGAUAGUGAGGAUGAAGAAGACAGCGAUGACACUUCCAGUGGAAGUGGCGAGGAGGAACAAAAACCACAAAAGAAGAAGAAAGUGGAUACUGAAGCAGCCACCAAGCAAUCGAAGAAAGAAGAACCUAAAACACCUACACCUAAAGAUCAGAGUAAUGAAUCGAAGACACUGUUUGUUGGCAACCUGUCAUUCCAAGUUGAACAGGCUGAUGUGGAAAAUUUCUUUAAAGAUGUUGGGAAACCUAUUGAUGUCCGUUUUGCUUCUGAUCAUGAUGGGAGGUUCAAGGGCUUUGGGCAUGUCGAGUUUGAGACAGCUGAAGUUGCUAAGAAAGCUCUUGAACUGAACGGUGAACUCCUGUUGAAUCGUGAAAUAAGACUUGACUUGGCCCGAGAAAGAGGUGCAUACACCCCAUAUGAUAGCAAAGACAGAAACAACUCAUUCCAGAAAGGUGGAAGGGGGGGAGCAAGUCAUACAAUUUUUGUACGUGGAUUUGAUCGUUCAUUAGGCGAGGAUGAGAUUAGAAGUUCCCUUCAAGAGCAUUUUGGUUCUUGUGGAGAAAUUACCAGGGUGUCUAUCCCAAAAGACUACGAGACUGGCAACGUUAAAGGGAUGGCAUACAUGGACUUCAGUGAUGGGAAUAGCUUCAACAAAGCUCUUGAACUCAAUGGCAGUGAACUUAACGGCGAGUACCUAACCGUCGAUGAGGCUAAGCCACGUGGUGACAGCCGUGACGGUGGUGGUAGUGCAAGAGGAGGAAGGAGUGGCGGAAGGAGUGGUGGAUGGAGCGGAGGAAGGAGCGGUGGUGAUGGUAGAAGUGGUGGGCGAUUUGGUGGUAGAGGACGUGGUGGUGAUCGAGGCGGAAGAGGCGGCAGAGGAGGACGUGGAAGUUUCAACAGACCUAGCAUAACUGCAUCUGGAAAGAAAACUACAUUUGGUGAUGAUUAGAAGAAGAGAGAAAGGUCCAUUUGAAAGGCAAAUGGGGAAUCAAAGUUUUGGCAACUGGAAAGAGACAUGUUUUAGAGUAUGUUAGUAGUAGUAGUGUAGUAGUGGUAGGUGAGUGUGGACUUCCUUCCUCCCCUUUUAUCCAACUCUUUUUUAAAAUUUGUGGUUCUUUCUAUUAUUUCCCCUUUUUGUUUUUAUAUUAAGAACUCUAUUGUAUUGUGAGCAUUAUUAAUAUACAAUUAAAAUCACUAUGCUCUGACUUUGCUCAUAGUUGUCA